AUGCCCGAGGUAAAGGAUGGACAGCCACAGCAGCGUGUGGAAAAGCAGCAGCAGCCUGUGGCAGAACAGCGUCCGCAGACGGAGCAGCAGGCGCAGCAGCCGAAGACAGAGGCGCAGCUCGGCGCCCGUGCUGAGCCGGCCAAAUUUAAGGUGGAGCAGCCACAUGAGCCUGAGCAGGUGGAGCAGGCGCAUGAGCCGGAGCAAGUGGAGCAGGAGGAGCAGGCGACCUUGGAGGGGCAGCUGAUGGGGUGCCGCACGCUGAAGACAGACCCCAUCCCCGCCGUGGACAAGUCGCCAUCGCUGCGGGUGCUGGAGACCUACACGCCCCAGCAGCAGCAGCAGGCGCAGCAGUACACGGCAGCCGUGGGCGCAUGCACCGACUUUGCGUGUUUGCGCCAGGCCAACCAGCUGCCGCGGGCGCCCGGUCAGUUCCCUUUCCCUCACUUCCUGGUGAUCGGCUUCCCCAAGUGUGCCACCACCUCCAUCUAUUGCCACCUCAUCCAGCAUCCACAAGUGCAGCACCCCAAGCUGAAGGAACCACACCUGCUCACCGACAAGUGCCGGCCCAGCCUCUCCAACUGCUCGGUGGAGGCCCAGCAGCAGUAUGUGGUCGAGGAGUCUGACUGGCUGCCGGAGCAGCUGGCCGCAGCUUUCCCUUGGCUGAAAAUGGCAAUCAGCAUGCGGGAGCCGAUCUCGCAGGCGAUUGCAAUGCUUCUGCACAAUCCUGGCUCGCCAUUUGUGCAUGCUUGCGAGGAGCAGCUGAUGAGAGGCCUGGGCAUCCAAUGCACUGCAGAGGCAAGGGCACACUACUCAUCCAAGCUUCGACAGUGGAUGGCCUUCUUCCCCAGGGAGCAGCUGCACGUUUAUGAGGGCAUCACAGCUGUGGACGCUAUGCCUGGAGCGCUGCUCCACCUCAAGUCCUUCCUGGGUGUGGACGAGAGCCUGCCUUCUGGCACCCUGCCCCUCACUAACUGGAAGCACCAGCGCAGCGGGCCCGACGAGCUGGGAAAGUACUGGAUGCUGAGGCGGGCUGACUACGAGCUGCUCGUGGGCAUGGCCCGGAACGACACCGUGGAGUGA